GGAAGAGCGAGAGCUUACUGUCAUUCGCAUGGCGACCUCGAUCAUGGCUUCUAUGGCUCUGAAAUCAUCUCCAUCGCCAUUUUCUGGGCAGUCGCAGCUCCAGCGCAUCCAGCCUUCAGCACGAUCAUCAUCUUUCAGAGUAAUGUCCAAAAAGGCAAAGAAAGUUCAGACUUCUCAGCCUUUCGGGCCCGGGGGAGGAUUGGAACUGAAAGAUGGUGUUGAUGCAUCUGGAAGGCUAGCCAAGGGGAAGGGCGUCUACCAGUUUGCCAGCAAGUAUGGAGCAAAUGUUGAUGGGGCAGCCCAAUAUAUAACCCAGAAGAAUGGUCUCCAAGUGGUGACUACUAUGCGGGAGGAAAGACAUGGUUGUUGCUCUGGGUGGCUACUCUUGCUGGAAUUCUGCUGGGUGGUGCUCUGCUUGUUUACAAUACUAGUGCUUUGGCUUCUUGAAGCCUGGUAUCGGAAACCAGAUUAUGUACCAUGCAAGGAUUUACAUCAUCUAGGGUAGAUUUUCGGACACCUAUAUCCCUAUACUUAAUUACCAAAAGCGAUAAGUUUCCGAUAUGCAAAUAAUGGUCUUAUAUGUUGUGCAAUUGAUGUAAUCAAGACUAAAUAAUCAG